AUGGCGCAAUACUUCUUCGACCUCCUGUAUACCUUCACGGAUUGCAUGUGUUGCUUUCCUAGCUCCCCACAGUUAAAGAUCAACAACCGGAGUUUCAAGCUCCUACGUUUGUUGGGCGAGGGUGGAUUUUCCUACGUCUACCUAGUCCAAGAUAAGGCGAGCUCCGAAUUAUUCGCGCUGAAGAAGAUCCGCUGUCCAUUUGGCCAGGAAUCCGUAUCGCAAGCCCUGAAAGAAGUUGAAGCCUACAACAUCUUCAACUCCCAACCCAACAUCAUCCACUCGAUCGACCACUGCGUAUCCACAGAAUCCGGCUCAAAAUUCAGAUCCGAUGGCGGAGAUCCAGGCUCAAAGACGGUCUAUAUUCUACUCCCAUACUACCAGCGCGGUAAUCUUCAGGAUGCCAUCAAUGCCAACCUGGUCAACCACACUAAGUUCCCAGAGAAGCGGCUUAUGGUCCUGAUACUUGGUGUUGCCGAUGCGCUUCGCUCGAUGCAUCAGUAUCGGGUGAAGAACGGAUCGGCGUCUACGCGAAAGGCAAAGGGUGUUCGGAGAGAAGGCGAGGAGGCAGACGAGGAACGGACCAUGCAGAUGAAGCCGAAACGGAGGGCUAGCCAACGCAUAGCGGAGGAUGAAGAGGAUGAGGAGAAUGCGCCCCUGAUGGAUGACGAGGUCACCCGGAGUCAGGAAGGUGUCGAGGAUGGAGACCUGCGCCCUUAUGCGCACCGAGAUGUUAAGCCUGGAAACAUCAUGAUCGACGACAACGGCCAAUCACCCAUCCUGAUGGAUCUGGGCUCUUUGGCGCCCAGCCCCAUCGCCAUUACGUCGCGCUCCCUCGCCUUAGCAGUGCAGGAUACCGCAGCAGAACACAGCACGAUGCCAUAUCGUGCACCGGAGCUCUUCGAUGUCAAGACAGGGUCGAUCAUUGAUACCAAGGUUGAUAUCUGGUCGCUAGGCUGCACACUCUACGCCUGUCUUGUGGGUAAGAGUCCCUUCGAGGCACGCAGUGAAGAGACCGGUGGUAGCUUGAGCAUGUGCGUUCUCGGUGGUGACUGGCGAUUCCCUGAUGAGAAGUCUGGUGCUUCUAAGGGUAAAUCCAAGUCGGGUGAAAGCGAGGAUGCAUCCAAAAAUGAUACCCCUGCGAUCAGUGCACCUGUCAAGGAUAUUGUUCGGAGGUGUCUCACCGUUGAACCCUCGGAACGGCCCGACAUUGAUGAGCUGAUCGAGCUCAUGAAGGGUGUUAUUGACCAGAUGCCUGAAGAUGAUGUGGCGGGUCCAUCUCAUUAA